AGAAAAAAUUAGCUGCUCUGGUGCUGAAGAUACCUGAUUCAAGACUGCGUUGCAGCUGACGCAGAGACUGACGCGGGGCUGAUUGAAUCCUGAUCCACAGGCACAAAUCACUGAUUGUUGCUGAUAAUAACGCGACAAAAGUCAACCAUAAGCUGUCCAAAAGCUGAAUGAUGAGCGAAGUUGAUCCUUGGCUGAGUCAGCCCACUCGCGGAAUGCUGAAGUAAAACUGCACCGGAAGUGCUCACACUGACGCGGAGCUGUGGUGUACUGAACAUGAAAUUCAGAUCAGCCCGGUACCCUCAAUAUCCUCAGAAGAAUCAGAGUGCACUACAAGUUUGGGGCCUAAUGAGACCUGUAAUGAAACACACCAAGAUGUCCCAUUUGGCGAUGAAUCACUUGAAGUGACUCAUCUAGGCAAUGUCACAACCGACAGUGUGCUAUCAGAGGACCAAGCAUUGCAGCCUAUAGGGGAAGCAGAUGAUAAAGCUGGUCUCAUGGAUAUUACUUGCUUGGAUGUGACUGAGAUGUCAAUUAUGCAGGAAACGGGAGAUUCAAGUUCUCAUCAUAUUAACCCAGCUGACAAUAGCAUUACUGAAGAAAAAAUCAUAUAUCAAGAGACAAGUAGUGAUUCAGAUACAAGUGAGGAAAGUGAAAUUGAUUCGAGUUCGAGUUCUGAGUCUGAUAAUGAUGAUAUAUACUUCUCUGAAGAAGAGGAGUGCUUGACCGAACAUGUUGAUCAACAAUUGUAUGAAGGUGCACCAAUAAGUGUUGAAGACAGUAUGAUUGCCAUUUUAGCUUACAUCAAACGGCAUGAGUGUAGUGGGAGGCAAAUAGUUGAUUUAUUGAAAUUGAUUAAACUCCAUUGCAAAAAAGAGAAGAAUUUAAUGAAAACUACCUUAUAUUUCUUCAAGAAAUACUUUUCAUGUUUAGAUUGUCCAGUGGUUUAUCACCAUUACUGUUCAGGCUGCUACUUCAAGUUGGAAAAGAAAGACACUCCAUGUCCAAAUGCCAAGAUGCAUCCUGCAACAUCCGGGACAUGUGUCUUUGUUGAAAUGCCACUUAUUCCACAGCUGCAGAAGUUAUUUGCCCAAGAAGAAUUUUAUUCAAACUUAAACUACAAGCAUACAAGAACCAAAGUUUGUGCAGAAAAUCUAGAAGAUAUUUAUGAUGGACAAAUUUACAAAGAACUAGAGAAAAGUGGCUUUUUGUCUAUAGAUAAACCAUUGAAUGUCACAAUGAUUAUGAAUGCAGAUGGAGUGCCUGUAUUUAAGUCCACUAAUGCGUCCAUGUGGCCUGUGUUUUUCAAUGUGAAUGAAUUGCCUCCUCAUCUACGAUUUAAAAAGGAGUAUACACUUAUUGGUGGUGUGUGGUUCGGUGGCAAACCAAGUGCCAAUCUUAUUCUGGAACCACUCAUGAAAUCAGUAAAAGAGAUUCGGUCAGGUUUUGAUGUGACACCACCUGGCAAUCAGACGCCAGCCACUGCAAAAGGAAUUUUGAUUGCUGCUGCAACUGACCUUCCAGCUAAAAUAAUGCUAUGUGGUAUGGCCAGCUAUUCUGGAGCCUAUGGUUGUCAGAUCUGCAAAAUUAAAGGAGGAAGUGUUCAAAUUACGAAGAAAGUUAGACAGAAGAAAAUUGACCAGAAACAGACAAAGAAAGGGAAAAAUGAAACUGUCGCCUACUCGUCUGUUUGGGCUUUCAAAUAUUCAGAUGAUCUAGAUUUAAGAAGCCAUGCUGAAACUAUUCGUCUUGGUGAGGAAGCUCAGAAGAUUCUUCAGAAAACCCAUGAUCCUGAUACAAAUGUGUAUGGUGUAAAAUAUCCCAGUGCCAUUUUCAAAAUGAUGUAUGAUGGAAUCCGAGGUUUCGCAGUGGAUGAUUUACACACUUUGUUUCUUGGUGUGACUAAAACAUUACUGAAGUUGCAAUUUGACUCGGCUUUCAGUUCACAACCGUUUUCACUCAGGAAAUUUCUUCCACUGGUUGAUGAUCGUCUCAUGGCAUUGAAGCUUCCUAAUUUUUUGGAAAGAGGUGUUAGAAAAAUUGGUACUGAUCUUGCAUAUUUCAAGGGAACUGAAUUACAAACCUGGGCUCUUUACCUCUGUAUCCCCAUUCUGGAUGGAAUCAUGACUGAUAGAUACUUAGAACAUCAAGUUGAGCUUGUUAACUGCCUUCACACUAUGCAGUCAUCUUCAUUAGCCCCUGACACAAUGUUAUCAUGUGAAAAUAAACUGAAGAAUUAUGCCAAGAAUUUUGAAGUGUUAUAUGGAAGUCGACAUAUGACAAUGGUUAUGCAUUUACUCCGGCAUUUGGUCUGGGCUGUGAAGAACCUCGGGCCAAUGAGAUACACUUCCACCUUUCAUUAUGAAGGGCUUAAUGCUGAAAUUCUGAAAAUGAUCCAUGGAACAAGGUAUGUUGAAACUCAACUUGCAAGUGGAUGCUUUUUAAUCAAGCAGCUGCCAAAGAGUCUCCAAAAUAUAUCAUCAGAAGACGUGAGGGAUUACUGUUUCAAGCUGCUCCACCCUUCACUUCGAUUGAAGAAACUUGAAGAUAUUGAACCUGGGGUGUUUUCUGUUGGAACUUACAAACCAGUACCCUUGCAGCAGAAUCAUGUCUUUGAUUGUUUAGAUAAACUCAAAAUAUCUAAAGCAGACUCAAAUGUUCAAUCAUUUUACAGAUUGAAAAAAAAUAAACUGCUGUUUGUGUCCCGUUCCUACACUCGAAUUGUUAAGAGGAAUUCUUCUGUUUGUUCUUUUGUGUCAGAUGGAAACAAACUAGGACAUGGAACAAUUGAUAAAUUUGUCAAAGUGUGUUCGAAUUCUCAAGUAAAAUAUUUUGCCAUCAUACAAGUUGCGCAACUUCAACCGUAUGUGGUUGUAUCCCAACUGGUUCUUCACAUUUCAAAAUAUUCUCUCACAAAUGACUACGAAGCCAUUCCUGUGAUGAAUUUAAGGGACAUGCUAAUAUGUGUUGAUGUAGAUGAUAGAUCAUAUGUGUGCCGGCCUAUCUAACAACAGUUUGAGUAUUUCUUGUAUGUGUGCCUAGUAGUAAAUGAAAACUGACUGUGCCCAUUAAAAACAGGAACAUUUAUGUCCAAAAACAGACUUGUGAUCAUGGUUGUAAUGCAAACUUAAAUAAAAUCUCCUCAACAUAGACAAGAUGUCUUCAUUGCUUCAUUGCUGUUACAUGACAAUUGCAAUAACAAAAAGACAACUAUUGCCCCAAUAGAAAACCCUUCAUUAUUUCUAAAUGAAAGAAAAAAGUUGCAGGUAUUACAAUUAAAUAUGACCAAAUAGGAUUUUUUUCUCCUUUGUAAGCACUCAAAAUGAAUCGACUCUACAGAAACAGCAACAUCUUCCCAUUUAUUAAUUUCAAAAUUUUUAAAAAAUCCACGAUUGACAAAAAAAAAUUAACCAGAAGACAGCACUCAAAAGCAUACAGCCGCCCUGCAGAGCCACGGUCACCAGGACCUCGAGCUUGGCGUCGUGUGGGAGCGGGUGCGCGGCGCGCGGGGGAAGGACCGCACUCGGCCAGGUCACCAGGACCUCGAGCUUGGCGUCGUGUGGGAGCGGGUGCGCGGCGCGCGGGGGAAGGAUCGCACUCGGCCAGGUCACCAGGACCUCGAGCUUGGCGUCGUGUGGGAGCGGGUGCGCGGCGCGCGGGGGAAGGACCGCACUCGGCCAGGUCACCAGGACCUCGAGCUUGGCGUCGUGUGGGAGCGGGUGCGCGGCGCGCGGGGGAAGGACCGCACUCGGCCAGGUCACCAGGACCCUCGAGCUUGGCGUCGUGUGGGAGCGCGUGCGCGGCGCGCGGGGGAAGGACCGCACUCGGCCAGGUCACCAGGACCUCGAGCUUGGCGUCGUGUGGGAGCGGGUGCGUGGCGCGUGGGGGAAGGACCGCACUCGGCCAGCUGUCACCAGAUUGUAAACUGGUUGUUUCUGGUUGCCGUGGAAACGCAUGCAGUGAAACAGUGGUUAGAUAAGUUGUGCGAAGAACGAGUCAGCCGUUAUGCCGAACUUUAACCCGCCACCCCCCAUGGCUGUGCCGGCAGCGGCAGUCGAGGCUUUCCUGCUGGUAAGCACAUAGUCUGUCCUUCCAUUUUGCUUGGUUUAGCUUACUCUCCUCCCUUGUGUAGAAACGCCUCCACCAAGCCCAGGAGGACGUGGCCAUGUUGGAGGCGGCGCUGACGCUGGUGCGCCAGGCACAACGUGAGUUGCUGGCACGACGUACUCGACCCAUGGAGAUAAUGUCACGACCAAGGCGGAGUCGGGCUUGUUAAUGCAGACUGAUUCCGAGAGUCGUUUUCGUCGCUGUCCCUCUCGCACC